AUGAGGACGAUCGUGUGUUGCGUGCUGUCUGUGAAUUUAAUUCAAUUGGUGCUUGGUUCUGGGUUUUAUAUUGAUAAUGGCAUCGAUCAGACGGUACGGGAGAAGAGUAUUCCACUGCAGGAACGGCAAGAGAUCGAACAUGAAAUACUGGAACUGUUGGGACUCCCCGAUCGUCCCAAUACACAGCACGUUCAUCCUUCCUUGAGCAAUGGUGGACGGAAAAGACGGAAGCGAUCCGAUGGUAGCAAUCUGUUCACGAUCGCCGAUGAGCGGGCCAUCGGAGAGAGUGAUGUGAUCAUGUCCUUUCUCAACAAGGACUCGCGGUCGAAGCUCCCGAAGAUACAUCAUCGUCGUGGUGGUCAUCGGCUCUGGUUCGACACGUCCGAAAUGGCAGCCGGUAACGACAAUCAGCUACUGUACGCGAGCUUGCGGAUGUAUAAGAACCGCAGUGCCAUCCGACCCUGGGAUGCGCUAGUAAGUGGAAGGCAGAUCGUAGUGCAAGCAUCGUUGAUAGGUGGGUUCGAUGUGGCAAAGGAUAGCCACCGAUUGGAGUACAUUGCGAAACAGGUCAUACCGUACAACUACGAAGGUUGGGUCGAGAUCAAUGCUACUCAGGCCAUGCACCGAUGGAUCGUCGAAGGAGUGAGCAAUAAGGGAAUCUACGUGGAAGUUUAUUACGCGGAAAGUCCCCGGAAACUCGUCCUACCGCAUGAGGUGGGUUUAAUUUUGUCAAACAAAUUUGGACGCUAUCAACCGUUUCUGGUGGGUUACUGCAAAGGAGCGGAACUGGUGAAACCGGUAGUACACGCCGUCGGUAAACGAUCGAAACGAAGCCUGAAGCGCAAGGGCACCAGACGCACCGAGCGUGUUCGCAAUCCCUUCCUGCAGCGAUAUGGUGGCCCAGGACGCCACAAAAAUUGCCAAAUACAAACGCUUUACGUGAGCUUUCGUGAUUUGAACUGGCAAGAUUGGAUUAUCGCUCCGGAUGGAUUUGGUGCUUAUUUCUGCUUCGGCGAGUGUAACUUCCCGUUGAAUACGCACAUGAAUGCGACGAACCAUGCGCUCAUCCAGACACUGGUGCACCUGAUGCAUCCGACGCGUGUCCCCAAACCGUGCUGUGCACCGACCAAGCUGAACCCUAUCUCGGUACUGUACCACAUCGAUGAUGCUAAUAUCAACUUGAAAAAGUACAAAAAUAUGGUGGUCAAAAGCUGUGGCUGUCUGUAG